AUGGAUUUACUCCUGGGACUGGUGCUCGCCUCUUCGCUCUAUCUGGAGGCUUCGUCGGAGUUCGAUGGAAGGUGGCCCAGGCAAAUAGUGUCCUCCAUUGGACUAUGCCGUUAUGGCAGUAGGAUUGAUUGCUGCUGGGGCUGGGCCCGCCAGUCAUGGGGACAGUGUCAGCCUAUAUGCCAACCCAGCUGCAAGCAUGGUGAAUGUAUAGGGCCCAACAAGUGCAAGUGUCAUCCUGGAUACACAGGAAAAACCUGCAAUCAAGAUGACCACCUCUCUCCAACCCCUCUUGACCAGCACAGUGAACAACCUUACGUCCACCCCCCGGAUCGUCAUGCAACGAAUUUACCUUCAAGGGACUUAAAUGAAUGCGGUCUCAAGCCCCGGCCCUGCAAGCAUCGUUGCAUGAAUACUUAUGGCAGCUACAAGUGCUACUGUCUAAAUGGGUACAUGCUUAUGCUGGAUGGAUCUUGUUCAAGUGCCCUGUCAUGUUCUAUGGCAAAUUGUCAGUAUGGCUGUGAUGUGAUGAAGGGUGAUAUACGUUGCCGUUGUCCUUCGCCGGGCUUACAGCUGGGGCCAGAUGGGAGAACCUGUGUGGAUGUGGAUGAAUGUGCAAUUGGGAGAGCCUCAUGCCCCAGAUUUAGACAAUGCGUGAACACCUUUGGAAGCUACAUCUGCAAGUGCCAUAAAGGCUUCGGCCUCAUGUAUAUUGGAGGCAAAUACCAAUGUCAUGAUAUAGAUGAAUGUUCUCUUGGUCAGUACCAGUGCAGCAGCUUUGCCCGAUGUUACAAUGUACACGGGUCAUACAAGUGUAAAUGUAGGGAUGGCUACCGGGGAGAUGGAAUCAACUGCAUAUAUAUUCCAAAAGUUAUGAUUGAAAAUUCAGAUAUUCAUAUAUCAAAGGGAAAUAGUACUUUCUCAAAUGGUAAUGGACAUAUUAAUAAAAUUCCUGAUAUUACAAGUACUACAUGGCCUCUAAGGACACCACACAUUCCAGUUGUUCAUACUGAGAGACCUACUCCUAGGCCACCAAGACCUACACCAAGGCCAACAACACAACCUCCACCAACCACAACUGAACUCACUACUGUCCGGAUGACACUGCCACCAUCAACAGCAGUGACAACACAAAGACCACAGCCCAAGCCAUCGACAAUGGCACCUUCAUUUUCAACCAAAAUACCAAUUGAAAGUACAUCUCCAAGAGGAAUGACAGUUGACAACAGAAUACCAACGGAUCCUCAGAAACCCAGAGGAGAUGUGUUCAUUCCCCACCACUCAGGAAUGAACAAUAACCUGUUUGAAGUAUUUGAAAUUGAAAGAGGGAUCAGUGCUGAAGAUGAAGCCAGAGAUGAUCCAGGUGUUCUGAUACACACCUGUAACUUUGACCAUGGUCUUUGUGGGUGGAUUAGGGAAAAAGAUGAUGACUUACACUGGGAACUCGCCAGAGAUCCAGCAGGUGGAUACUACGUGAUCGUCUCAGAACCCAAAGGCCCUGGUGGAAAAGCAGCCCGAUUAGUGCUGCCUCUCGGCCAUCUCAUGAACUCGGGUGAUUUAUGUUUGUCAUUCAGGCACAAGGUAUCUGGGUUUCACUCUGGCACACUGCAGGUGUUUAUAAGAAAGUAUGGUACCCAUGGAGCAGCCCUGUGGGGAAGAAAUGGUGGCCAUGGCUGGAGGCAAACACAGAUCACCCUGAGGGAUUCAACUAUCAAGAGCGUCAUCUUCAAAGGUGAAAAGAGGCAUGGCCACACUGGGGAGAUUGCAUUGGAUGAUGUGAGCUUGAAAAGAGGCCAGUGCUCUGAAGGACCCUAGUGCCACCAACAUCAGCAAUGAGCAUCUGCUUGGCUCCCU